CUCGUUGGUACCGGCCGCGCGCAGACGGCAUCCAUCGAGACGUUUUACAGGACAUGUCCCUCGGCGCCACCGUUCCCGGCUCCGAAUCUGCGCAAACUCUCCCUUUCUCGCCAGCUUCGCCCGACCAUGAAAGACCCAGGACAGUAUCGAAUUAUUCGGCGGAAACUACUUUUGGAAGCAACCAUAAUAUGAGCCCCAAAGAUGGCGAAUUUGAGGCGCGACCGCCGUACCUGCAUUCUAUGCUGGCUGGUGGCCUAGGCGGAACAUGUGGCGAUAUGCUGAUGCACUCCCUCGAUACCGUCAAGACGCGGCAGCAGGGUGAUCCCCAUAUACCGCCCAAGUACACUUCCCUUGGCUCAUCAUAUUACACCAUCUUUCGACAAGAGGGAAUACGGCGAGGCCUGUACGGGGGCUGGCUGCCCGCCCUGUGUGGCUCAUUCCCGGGGACGGUACUUUUCUUCGGUACCUAUGAAUUCAGCAAGAGACACAUGCUGGACUGGGGCGUGCAAUCGCAUAUUGCCUUCCUCGCAAGUGGCUUUUUCGGCGACCUCGCUGCUUGUAUCGUCUAUGUACCAUCCGAGGUAUUGAAGACGCGACUACAACUUCAAGGACGAUACCAGAAUCCAUACUUCAACUCGGGUUAUAACUAUAGGGGCACAGUGGAUGCAGCCCGGACUAUAGUCAGACAAGAAGGCUUCUCCGCUCUUUUCUACGGUUUCCAGGCGACACUUUACCGAGAUCUGCCAUUUUCGGCGUUACAAUUCAUGUUUUACGAGCAAAACCAAAUAUGGGCUCGGAAAUGGAAGAAGAGUCGUGAGAUAGGACCACAGCUGGAAUUUUUGACCGGCGCGGCUGCGGGAGGCCUUGCGGGCGCCAUCACAUGCCCACUAGAUGUGGUCAAGACACGUCUGCAAACGCAACUUCAUCCCGAGGCAGCCACUCCGGCUAAGGGGGAGAGUUCGCUUGCGGCCCAGUCGAUGCUGAACAAUCUUAAGGAACCGCCCAAGAAACACAUAUCCGAGCCAGCAGGCACCCCGGGAUCUUCAGCACAACCACAAAAACGGCUCAUUUCAACUUCAUCACCGUCUACACACACUCCCCGUGCAGGUGCGGCAGCCCUUGAGACCUCCUCCGUCCUGACCGGCCUGAGGGUCAUCUACAGGACAGAGGGCAUCGGAGGCUGGUUCAGGGGUGUCGGGCCUCGCUUCGUUUGGACUAGCGUCCAAAGCGGCUGCAUGCUUUUCCUUUAUCAAGCCGUGUUACGGCAACUAGAGAUCUAUAUGCCCAUUGAGAAGCCUGAGCUGGCUUCAACAUAG